AUGAUCGUCUUCAUUGUACAGCACUGUGACUCACUUUUUCAUUCUAUUACAGUACAACUUCGCGGAACUGAAAUUCGACUCAAUCUCAAUAGCAGAUGGGCACUCAGUGGCAUCACGGUGGCUGGAGGUCAUGGAGAAGACAAUCGGUUGAAUCAGCUCUGCAAUCCAUUCGGUUUGUACGUUGAUGUUGAUCAAAAUAUCUACGUUACUGACUAUAAUAACCAUUGGAUUGUGGAAUGGAAGUGCGGUGCAACCAGUGGACAGGUGAUUGCUGGUGGACACGGAGCCGGAAAUCGUAUGGAUCAAUUGGAUAGACCAACAGAUGUGAUUGUCGAUGAAGCGACCAAUAAUCUCUUUAUCUGUGAUUCAGGCAAUAGACGAAUUGUACGGUGGCCACGUCGCGAUGGCACACAUGGCGAAACAAUUAUGUCGAACAUUAGUUGUUGGGGCUUGACAAAGGACGAUCGUGGAUAUCUCUACGUCUCUGAUGAGAAAGAAAACAGCGUAAAACGAUGGCGAAUAGGAGAUACUACAGACAAGAUAGUGGCUGGCGGUAACGGUGAAGGUAGUCGCCUCGAUCAACUUAAUCAUCCUUCUUAUAUUUUCGUUGACCAAAAUUAUUCAGUGUAUGUGUCGGACAACUGGAAUCAUCGUGUGAUGAAAUGGAAGAAAGAUGCAACACAAGGUAUUGUCGUAGCAGGUGGUCGAGGCCAAGGAAAUGGUUUAACACAUAUGAACAGUCCUUGCGGUAUUGUUGUUGAUCAGUUGAGCACUGUCUAUGUAGCAGAAUGUAGCAAUCACCGAGUAAUGCGUUGGCCGAAAGGAGCCACACAGGGAAUUGCCCUUGUUGAUGGAAAUAGUACCAGGGAUCCAGCAAAACGCUUGAGCUAUCCAUGGGGGUUGUCAUUCGAUCGGCAUGGCAAUCUCUAUGUUGUUGACAAAGACAAUCAGAGAGUGCAAAAAUUCACAAUCGAUCAAAGUACUUGUUGA